AUGGCGAAGCGACAGCCAGAGAAGGACCAGAUUAGGAACAGGUUUUCAUCUGCGAGUAGAAUCGACGAAGUCCAACUAGAGCUGGGCGAAGUCAAGAGCGACGAACAUGGAGAAGUUCACUUUAUCAGGCAAGACGCCUGCGAUAUUGCCUGGUCUAACUUGGUCGUCAAGGGGAAGGGAUUCUCCAAAGAAAUAAUCAAGAACAUAAAUGGUUAUGUUCCAAGAGGGUCUUUGAUGGCGAUUAUGGGCAGCAGUGGUGCUGGCAAAUCAACCCUGAUGAAUGUUUUGGCCGGUCGUAAUUUAGGAAACCUAACUGUCGAAGGCCAAGUCUCUGUCAAUGGCCAUCUAGUCGAAGAUAACAUGCCAGAAAUAUCUGCGUACGUUCAACAAGAUGAUAUAUUUAUUGGCUCAAUGACUGUGCGAGAACAAUUGGUUUUUCAUGCCGCUCUCAGGAUGUCACAUAAAACAAAGUCCGAGCAAAUUGAACGAGUUGAACACGUGAUUGAGCAAAUGGGCCUGACCAAGUGCAAAGAUACCGUGAUUGGGAUUCCUGGAAUGUCGAAAACAAUUUCUGGUGGUGAAAUGAAACGUCUCUCAUUUGCGACGGAGAUUCUUACCGACCCGCCGAUAAUUUUCUGUGACGAGCCGACUUCUGGUUUGGACUCUUACUUGGCAGAAACUGUCAUUAGAACUCUAAAAACACUCUCGCAGAGUGGCACGACGAUCUUAUGCACAAUCCACCAGCCAAGUAGUCAGGUCUUUGACUUGUUCAGUCACUUGCUGCUGCUUGCGCAGGGCAAAGUCGCCUUCCUAGGCCCGACCGCCAAGACUCCAAAGUUUUUCGAAAAAAUGGGCUUUCCCAUUCCGAUGAAUUUCAAUCCCUGCGACCACUACAUCAACCACAUCGCACUCAUCCCGGGCAGAGAAGAAGAGAGUUACAAGAAGAUGGACGCAAUUUGCCAGCGAUAUUCAAUCACUAAAACGGCGAAAAAGAACUUGAAAAUGGUCGAUGCCCUUAGCGGCCGUUUCGCGUCUUCAGAAAACAUUCCUACAGAUACGAAACGAGCAUCGUUGUUUGUUCAAAUGCGCUGGCUUCUGUGGCGAGCGAUGAUAUCACAUUACAGAGAUACUACAUUUGCAGCGAUGAAAGUCUUUCAAAAUCUCGGAACAGCGAUUUUCAUCGGUCUCUUAUUUCUGCGCAUUCCAUGGGAUUCUUCUUACGACAGGAACAGCGCACAAACCGUCACCUCCGCCUUAUUUGUCAUGGUUACUUCCUACUCGAUGUGUUAUCUGUUUCUUGUUUUAAUGGCUUUCCCUCUUCAAGUGCCAGUAAUAAGAAGGGAACAUUACGGCGGGCACUAUACUAUUUUUGCCGCGUUUUUCGCAGAAGUGCUCGCAGGACUUCCGUUUUUCAUCGUAAUGCCUCUCUUGUAUACAAUUAUAAUUUAUUUCAUGUGUGGAUUCGCGGCCGAUGUCAAUACUUUCUUUUGGUGCUAUCUGAUCAACGUAUUCGUCGCGACUGCUUGCACUGGGUACGGCUAUUUUAUAUCUGCUCUCGCUAGAAACGUAAAAGAAGCAAACACUAUAGCUCCGUCCUUGUUGAUUCCAUUAUUUUUGUUGUCUGGUUUCUUUAUUCCGGCGAAACAAGUUCCCAUUUAUUUUAUUCCUUUUCAGUACAUAUCGUGGUUUUACUACGGCGUAGAGAACAUGGUUACGAACCAGUGGGUCGAUUCUAGCAUUUGCAUGAGUCUCAAUAUUUCCCAACUGGAUAUUCCCAUUCCCGAAGACUGCUUCGACUUUUCGGGAAGUUUGGAUGGCGUCACAUUUCCAACCGUUCCGCCAGAGUAUGUCACGGGCAUCCCCAUUCCAGGGGACUUUCCCUUCCCCACUGGCGUUCCGGAAAUUCCAUCGCCCGAAGAUCUUUACGACCAGUUCGUCGAAGGACUCAUCAACUCGAACUCGACAUGCAUCAACAGAGGAGAGCGCUGUCCCGACAGCCGACCAGUCGAGUUCGAUGGGAAUCUGGUGAUAGAAGCGCUCAACUAUGAGCCCGAAAAUUUCUCGAGAAAUAAUUGGCUCCUGGUCUUACUUUCCGUUGUUUUCAGAGUUUUAGCGUACGGAGUUCUGGCCUAUCGAUUCCGCAAGACUAACCGAUGA